UAAAGUUUAUAAUUGGUUGUUUGGGUUCUUUUUGAUUAAAAUAAAGUACUUUUUUUAAGAAAUUUAUAUGUUAGCGACUGUAAUUUAAUUGAGAAAAUACGUUAAAAUGUCUAUUGAAAUUGAAUCUGCCGAUGUAAUACGUCUUAUUCAACAAUAUUUAAAGGAGUCGAAUUUAAUGAAAUCCUUACAAGUUUUGCAGGAAGAAACUGGUGUUUCUCUCAACACAGUUGAUAGUAUUGAUGGAUUUGUUCAAGAUAUUCAUAAUGGGCACUGGGAUACAGUCUUAAAAGUCAUACAGUCCCUGAAACUGCCUGAUAAAAAACUAAUAAAUUUAUAUGAACAAAUUGUUUUAGAGUUAAUUGAACUUCGUGAAUUGGGUGCUGCCAGAUCUUUACUGCGUCAAACCGAUCCAAUGAUUAUGUUAAAACAACAAGAGCCAGAGCGCUAUAUACACUUAGAAAAUAUGCUUCAACGGGUGUACUUUGAUCCACGUGAAGCUUAUCCGGAGGGCAGUAGUAAAGAAAAACGCCGAACAAUCAUAGCUCAAGAAUUGAGUGGAGAAGUUCAUGUCGUCCCAUCAUCUCGUUUAUUAGCGUUGUUAGGUCAAGCUUUGAAGUGGCAACAACAUCAAGGUUUAUUACCACCAGGAACAACUAUUGAUCUGUUCCGUGGCAAGGCAGCAAUACGUGAUCAAGAAGAAGAAAUGUUCCCAACACAAAUGGUACGACAAAUUAAGUUCGGACAAAAAUCUCAUGUUGAAUGUGCUCAAUUUUCUCCUGACGGUCAAUAUUUAAUAACGGGUAGUGUUGAUGGUUUCAUUGAAGUGUGGAAUUUUACUACUGGUAAAAUUAGAAAAGAUUUGAAAUACCAGGCCCAAGAUCAAUUUAUGAUGAUGGAGCAAGCUGUUCUUGCUUUAGCGUAUUCGAGAGAUUCAGAAAUGUUGGCUUCAGGCGCUCAAGAUGGACAAAUAAAAGUGUGGCGCAUAAUGACAGGACAAUGUUUGAGAAGAUUUGAAAAGGCUCAUAUUAAGGGUGUUACUUGCUUGCAGUUUUCAAGAGACAAUACACAAGUUUUAAGUGCAAGUUUUGACCAUUCAAUAAGAAUACACGGAUUGAAGUCAGGAAAAAUGUUAAAAGAGUUUAAGGGCCAUCAUUCUUUUGUAAAUGAAGCAGUUUUCACCCCUGAUGGACACAGUCUCCUAAGUGCUUCAUCAGAUGGAACAGUUAAAAUUUGGUCUCUAAAGACAACAGAGUGCUUAUCGACAUUUCAGCCACUUGGAAAUGAGUUGGCUGUUAACACAGUUUUGCUUUUACCGAAAAAUCCGGAGCACUUUAUUGUUUGUAAUCGUUCGAAUACCGUUGUCAUAAUGAAUAUGCAAGGACAAAUUGUAAGAUCAUUUUCUUCUGGUAAAAGAGAAGGUGGCGCUUUUAUUUCAGCUACACUUUCGCCUAGGGGUGAAUUCAUAUAUUGCGCUGGAGAAGAUCAAGUGUUGUACUGCUUUUCAGUGUCAUCCGGAAAAUUAGAAAGAACACUAAACGUGCACGAAAAAGAUGUGAUAGGUUUAUGUCAUCACCCGCAUCAAAAUUUGUUAGCAACGUAUAGCGAAGAUGGAUUAGUAAAAUUAUGGAAGCCAUAAUUGGGAAAAUGUAUUCAUUAUAUUACUCCAAUUGAACUCAUUACUUUUUUUAAGGUAUAUUUUACAUAUGUUAAGGUAUAAUUAACGGAUUUCUGAUUUUUAUGUUUGAAUUUAAAAAACUUAUCCUUGUAUAAUACCUAUAUUUUAACUGUGCUUCAAAAUACCAAAACAAGCAAAAUACAAUGUUUUUUAACCAUGAUUUCUUAAUAAAAAUAUUGUUCUAUAGUAAAAUAAAUGAAUGUAAAGUAUA